GACUACGUGCCUCCUAGUUAGAUAGUUGAUUAAUUCAAAAGCGCAGCGGUUUGGUAGAAGUUUGUUGGAUUGGACGACGAUGGCGAUAGAGGCAGAAAGUGAAGGGGGUUCAUCGCCUUCUUACUACAGCGUUCUUGGGGUGGAUGUGGAUUCCACUGUUGAAGAAAUACGGCGAGCUUAUCGACGGCUUGCAAUGAGGUGGCAUCCAGACAGAUGGACAAAAACUCCAUCUUUGUUAGGUAAAGCCAAGCGUAAAUUCCAGCAAAUCCAGGAGGCUUAUUCGGUUCUAUCGGAUCCGAGGAAGAGGAGUCUAUAUGACGCAGGAUUCUACGACCCUGACGAGGAGCAAGAUGAGGGUUUUUGUGAUUUUGUACGAGAAAUGACGGUUCUCAUAGCUCAGAGUAGGAAAAAGAGAAAGUAUUACAGCAUGGAGGAGAUACAAUCAAUGUGGAUGGAAAUGGCGGAAGGCUUUGGAUACGACGAGGGCUCUUCUCCUUUGUCUUCUUUUAGUAACUCACAAGACUCGAAUUCUUGCAAGAAGAGACGCUGUGACGUAAAUGUCGGGAAUGCGCGUGAUUCAGGCCUUGACAUGUAUGGAACGAGUAACUAUUUUCAAUUAUGAAUGAGUUGCCAUGAAUGUUCUCGUGGGCCAUUCCAAAAGCCCAUUUUGUGAACAAGAAUUUGGGCCAUUUCAAAAAGCCCAUUUUGUGAACAAGAAGUUGGGCCAUUUCAAAAAGCCCAUUUUAAGAAAUAAAAGCAUACGUAUUUGUUGGUUCCCCUUUUUCACUUAAAA